AUUAAGUGGUUUUGUUUAAGUCCGUCCUAUUUACCACUAUAGGACUUCACACAGAUACACGUUAUAACGGACCACUGAGACUAGUGAAGUAAGCCUCAAUGUGGUGAAGUCUCGAGUUAGUAUACUAAUAUCUAAGGUUCCAGUGAAUCUCCGCUUGUUAGUAUUCAUAUUAGGUGACACUAUGUCUGCAGGAAAUAUGAUCCUGUUACCAUUUGUGAUGUUUCUGGUAAUUCACGGGACAUUGGGAGCCAACUACACACAACUUUUGGAUUUCUACAAAACAACCAUCACAGAUGGCGCCUACAGCAGUAAGGUUUUCCCGCGGGACACACAAUCGGAUAUCAUAGAUGUUGACAUGGUCUUUUAUCUUUCAUCCAUCAAGGAAUUCGACGAGGUUUCUGGGACGCUUGAAUUGAUCGGUAUUCUUAAGAUCACGUGGACUGACGAACUUAUCGAUGACCAGUACAACUGGGGAAUACACGGCAACAUCAGCAACAUUCUCAUCACUUCUUCUCAAAUCUGGGUUCCCACCGUCACAAUAUUUAACUCUGUCUCCAAAAUUAAAGUGGUAGGUGACAUUACUAAUAAGAUUCGUGUCAAUCCUUCCACUGGAGCGAUGGAAUGGUGGCCAGGGAUCGUGCUGAAGACGGGAUGCAAUGUCGAUGCAUCCAACUUCCCGUUUGACAAACAAGAGUGCAAGGUAACCUUCACCAAUUGGGGGUUCACAAACACAGAGGUCCGCUUUGUUAUCUCUGCUACAUCUGUAAACCUUGAUAACUACCGGGAAAAUGAAGAAUGGAGUAUCGAAUCGACUAUCAUGGACCCUGAAAAUAUCGAUAGCAUAAGUUAUGCCACGUACAAACUAACGCUGGCCAGGCGCUCUCUCUUCUUUCUCGCUAACCUCGUGUUCCCAAUCCUUAUCCUCAGCCUCCUUAACGCCAUUGUCUUCCUACUUCCGCCAGCGACAGGAGAGCGAAUAACUUAUUCAAUCACAGCCUUCAUGUCAUUUGCAGUGUACUUGACUCUGACCGCUGAGAACUUGCCACGGACGUCUGAACCCCUGUCAAUCCUUUGUGUGUAUCUCAUGAUAAUGACGUGCAUUAGCGCGGGAACUGCACUGUUUACCAUCACUACACUCAGGAUCUUCCACACUGAAGAGGAAGAGAGGGUACCGGAUAGGCUUGCCACAAUCAUCGCUGUCUUAAACUGUAAGGUGUGUAAAGAUGAAGACGAUGAUGACGAAGAUGAUAUGGAGAUAUUUGCGAUAAAAACACCAGAACCUCUGGACUCUAAAAAUGCGCCAUUAGACAUGAUUGAUCCCUCGGCUGAUCCUGGCGUGAACGAGAAAGCGCCACUACCGGAUGAUGAUGAGGCUGCAGAGGACGAAGAAAACGAAGAAAAAGAAGUCGUCAAAGGCAAAUACGGCGUAGAUUGGAAACUAGUUUCGGCCACCUUGGACUUUUUCUUCUUCCUCGUAUUUGUAGCUGGGAAUGCUCUGAUCACGUUCUUUUUCCUCGUGCCAUUGGCAGCCCAGAUGUAAGGUCAAUGAGGAAGUAGGACAAGUGAACUUGAGCUUCUGACACGUGUGUAUGACUAGUGGAGACGACUGCCAUUGGUUGUACAUAAACGAUCAUACUGUAUUACCAUGUAAAUAUACGUUUGUUUGAAACUUGCUACAAUGACGGCUGUACACGCUCACUUGAAAAUACUAGGGAAAAGUAGACGGCCACAAAAGUUUUGAGCAAUCCUUUAUAAUUAAGGAAGACAUAUGUAUAUAUUGUAUAGGUCUACUUGAUUUAACGAAAGUUUACUGAAUAAAAUCAAUACCUGGAGUGGAACCGUCUUGCCUCUCGUUAUGAUGGGAAACUAAUGAUAAAUAUACAUGAACUGUAUCACGGAAACUUUCGCUAUGUCAAAAUG